AUGGUUUACAUGUCCUCGGAGCUCCAAUUAGCUCUGUUCAAGUCACGUGGCGCACUUGGCGUUUCACUUUUAUUUGGAAAGAAAAGAAGUGUUUCUUCGCGAAUUAUCCGCUCUUUGUGCACUGCAAUAACAAUGGAUUCUCGCAAAAAGUGGCGAUUCACAUUAGAAGAGCAAGAAAGAUUAAGGCUGAAAAGGAAGGAAUGGCGUAUCCAACAAAAGAAAUUGAUAAAGCAUGAAAUACUAAAGUCAAGAAAGAUUGAAGAGUUCGAAAGGAAAAGGAAAUUAGAAUUAAUGAAAAAUUCUGACAAGCAAGAGUCUUUACAGCAAAGCAAGAGCAGUAAUCCACAACGAAGAGAAACUAGUUCUCCUGACUAUAAGCAUUCUAAUGAACGGAAAACAUCAGUGAUAUUUAAUGGCCCAGAAGGUAUAAUUGAUAAGAAAGAACUACAUAAAAUUAAGAUACGUAUUAAAACAUACAAUCUUCCAACAAAUUAUCAGAUUACAUCAAAUAACAUCGAAUGGGAUAUUAUAAAUCCAAAUGAUGUAAUACUUCCACGAAGAAAAAAUGAAGGUCCAAUAUCCAAACGUAUUAAAAUAGAAAAAUCUGAAGAAAUACGGAAAAUCACUUUUUCACAAAAUGAACAAUUAGAAAAGGAAUUGUCAACAAGUAGGAAGAAUGCUUCCACAAGCAGAAAUCUUCAUGAUGAUAUAAUCCACCAUUAUUGGUAUUCCCCUUCUCGGCUCUUGUACAAGUCAACUAUGUGUCGAAAUGAUCGAAUAGAUGAUAAUAAAAGGUACAAUCGCGACAGAAGGCGAUAUAGUUCAACGAGAGAAAGUGAAGAGGAAGAUAGAGAUAGAAAUAAAAGAAGAAAUAGAAAUUCAAUACGUUAUAGUAGUCAUAGUGCAUCUUUUACUAGGGAUCGUUCGAGAUCUCGUUACAGAAAUAGAAGUCGUUCACCGACCAGUGAACGAGGUAGAGAAAGGAAGAAAGACAAUAACGAAAUAAGUAAAUUUUUAUCUAGAAAUUAUUCUGAUCAAUCAUGCAGUUUAGAUAACUGUGCAUUUUCAAAGUCACACUCUUCCUUGGAUAGCUUCUAUAGCUCUUACGUACGUUUACCUAGACCUAUGCUGAUGCCGAUGCCUCGAGUACAGGCACCACCCAUGCUUAUGACUGUUUUUCCAGGAUCAGUACUCCCUACACCAUUUCCACCGAUGAAUAUAUAUCGAUGGCAGCAACCUUGUCUUAGAUUUGUCAAUGGCAGAGGAAUUGGAAUCCACAAUAAUCGAUGAAUACAAUGCCCAAAAACGCUUUUAAUAACAUUUUUAAUAAUAGA